AUGGUUCCCGUUUUUGUAAGAUAUUUAGGCUGUUUAGUCUUAUUAAUAUUUUUACCUCAAACAAACUCAUUAUUUCAACGUGAAAAGUAUUCAACGAGUGCACUUUACCUUUUAAAAGACGUUGGCUUAGGAGAUAUAUCUGGGACAGUAGCGGCUUUUGCAGAUUUCAAUUCUGAUAAAUAUACAGAUUUAUUUGUAUUAAGUUCAGAUCAAAGGUCCAUAAGUGUCUAUUUAUGGAAUCAUGAUUAUAACUAUGACGGAAAUUUGGAUAUUUUAGUUAUGGGACAAACCAAUCCAUCAAGUAACAAUAGAAAAAAAGAUCCGCUUUUUAUGAGAGUAUACUUUGGAUAUGGGAAUGAUACAUUUAAUCCUAAUUUUAUUAUUGUACCAUCAGCUACAUAUCAACAACCUAUUCCAUUUGAUUUUGAUGGUGAUAUGAAAAUUGAUUUAAUAGGACACAGUUAUGAUAAUGGUGUAAACGAACUUUCGAUAUGGCAAAAUACAUAUAAUAAUGGAACGUCAGACUUAUUUCAAGUGAAGCCAUUACCUUUGCAAUCUGAUUCAGAUAUUCCACCUUGUAUAUUGUCAGAUCCACAUUCGAAUGCUUUCAUCGACCUUAAUGGUGAUUGCAGAUCAGAUUUGUUCCUUACAUGCCAAGACACUUCCGGAAAAAUUUCCUAUCAAAUAUGGACGAGCACAAUUAAUGGAUAUGAGUUUAGCAAAUUUGGUGAUUUACCGCAAGGCGUUGGUCAAAUAUCUUUUGCGGAUAUGGAUGGUGAUGGAACAUUAGAUAUGGUUUUUCCAGUAUGUAACAAUGGAUGCAAGAUUCAUAUUGCAUAUAAUAAUCAAAUACCAUUGUGCGAAAAUAAAAAUUCUAAAAAUUGUCGAAAGGUAUCAGAAUUAUGUAUAGCCGAUGAUAAUUUCAGCUUUGAUAUGACAACGGAUACAUCAAAUAGUGAUUAUGUCGUUUUGGAUCUUCAGGACGAGCUGCCUUCUGGAGAAGAUAUUGUAUUACUAGAUCCGGAUUUUAAUGGAAUUCUACCGGUUUCUCUUCGCAUUGGCGAUUAUAAUCUUGAUGGAUAUCCAGAUUUACUUGUGGUCACCUCAAACGGCAAAGAAUCACAUGUAACACUGUUAGAGUCAAUUUUAUGUACAACCCACAAGUGUCAUGGUUUAGCAGCUGCAUCCCAGAGAAGAACAUUUGUCAAAGUGAAUGAUGGUGCUCAACCUCUUGAUAACAUCAAAACUGCCAAAAAUGCAGCUUUUCUUGAUCUUGAUGAAGAUGGAACGAUGGAUAUUAUGGUACUCACAACUACUCAUGAUAAAACAGCGGCAAGGGAUGUUCAAAUGAUACACAACAAUUAUUUUAAUGAUGCAUUCUUCCUUAAGACUCUAGUAUUAAACGGAGUGGGGCACAAACAGAAUUUUGGAGUAAAUUAUCCCGGUGCAGAAUUUAAAUUCACUGUACUUGAUACAUCUGGAAGGAAAAGAGCCAACCAAGUUGCACAAUAUUCACAGAGUGGAUAUUUAUCAUUACAAACACCGUACUCGCUUUUUGGACUUGGUCGUACAAAUAAUUACGUCGAAGAAUUGUUCGUAGGAGUUUCAAGGGCUCAGAGUUCAUAUUAUACCAGUUUAGCAGGAGUAAUACCUAAUUCACAACUUAUCAUCGUCCCUUACCAACCCGAAGGAGUUGAUAAUCCAACCUCGUGGUCAAUCGAAUUGUAUAUUCAUCCAGGUGAUUGGGUACCAUGGGUACUAAUGAUUUUAAUAAUUGUGACGAUAAUUUUAGCCAUCGUUGUAUUCAUUUUGAAUUAUAUAGAAAAGAGAGAAGAUGAAUAUGAAAAAAGAAAAGCUUCAAGAUUUAUUAAUUUUGAUGCCUUGUAA